GAAGAUCCAGGAAUCGUUCACUUAAACAGGAAAGAGAAAGUGCAGCAGAGAGAAAAGAAAAUUCUUAUACUCGGAAUGGAGAUAGCAAAAUCAAAGCAACCAACAAAUUAGAUCCUCCUGCUUCAUUAUUGAACAAAAGAAACAAAAAUAAGGAGAACAUGAAACCCAACUACAAAAACUACAAUGAGGGGGCUUCGAAGAACCAGCCAACUCAUGAGGAUAUG